AUGUCUUCGCCGACGACUCACGUAAACUUCGACCUCGAAGCUGGACGUACAUCAGGAACGACUGCAGGCCAGAGUCCGAACCACCGCCCACUCUCUAUACGAUCCGAACCAGACGAGAAGAUAGGCGUUUCUCCAAUCCUAAAGCGUCGGCAGACGCGAUCGAAUACUUCCAAGACAUUCUCGACUGUUGAUAUCGCUGCCACACGGCCGAGCUGGGCCCCAGGACAAGAACCUGGUCUGGAUCCGAGCAAACCCAAUGGCGGAAGACCGCAGACUCCCACACUCCAUGAAGAGUGCCAGAUUACGGUGGUGGAUUUCAGUGAGAAGGAUAUGCAGAUGCACGAAUUCGACAAUGCCGGCAUCAUCGAUUUCGUGAAGAAGCCGCAGGAAAGCUGGAUUUCUUGCAGAUGGAUCAAUGUAAACGGCUUGAGCUGGGACGUGAUACAAGCUUUGGGAAAGUACAAGAAGCUCCACAAAUUGGCUAUUGAGGAUAUGGUCAACACAAACAAUAGGACAAAAGCUGAUUGGUACACCGAUCAUACCUACAUGGUAUUCACACUUCAGAAACUGGUCCACCUACAUCGAGACGAAGAUAGCGACUCCGAAGGAGAUGAGAUGGAUAGCAUUGGCGGUUCACGGAAAGCUCCACGCAGCAGAGUUUCAAAAUACUUCCGCAAGCUGUUCUCAGGAUCGAAAGCAAAGUUUGAUGAGAAGCAGAGGACAGCAGAUAUUGUGGCUGGUGUACAUGACCCCGCAAGCGACUUCAUAUCCGGACAUACGGAUGGCACGCAUGAUACCCCAGUACAAAAGUUAAGAACAUUACAGCGAUACCAUGGGGGACCGAAUAAAGCUCGAAUGGAAUACAUGGAACGACACUCUCCCUUGACAAGAAGGAGACUGGCUAUCAGUGCUGAGCAGGUCUCAAUAUUUCUUACAUCCGACAAUACGGUCAUCUCAUUCUUUGAGUCGUCUGCAGACGAUAUCGAAAUUCCCAUGGUUCAACGUCUCAGUACGCCCGAGACUAUUUUGAGGAGGUCCUGCGAUGCUUCCAUGCUUGUCCAAGCUAUCAUCGAUGCGACUAUCGAUCUUGCAAUUCCAGCAGCCACCGCAUAUCAAGAUGUCAUUGGCGAUCUAGAGCUUGAUGUCUUGACGAACCCAAGCAUAAAACAAUGUACCAGCCUGUACAUCGUAACAAGUGAGAUCACAUCGAUGCGAAACUUCGUCAGCCCAAUCCAUAAUCUCAUCAACGCUCUUCAAGACCACAAGAGUCCUGCGCUCAUUGCAGGCGUUGGUGGCCGCGAUAACAAAAACUCCUCCACGGCUGUAAAGAUCAGUCCUAUGGCACAAACAUACCUCGGUGACGUCGAGGACCACAUUGUCUUGAUCACAGAUUCUCUUGAUCAGAUGCGAAGGUCUUGCGACAACAUGAUCGAUCUAAUCUUCAACACCAUUUCAGCGUUCCAGAACGAGUCGAUGAAACAGCUCACUAUCGUGACUAUCAUCUUCUUACCUCUGACUUUCCUCACGGGUUACUUUGGUAUGAAUCUGACAGAAUUUCCUGCUAUCCAUCAUGGCGAGACCUAUUUCUGGGCUAUAGCAGCACCGGUCUUCGUUGUCACCGCCGUCUUCUUGAUGCGAGAUCGUCUGGUGUGGUGGGCUACCCGUGUCGUGCAACGGAGAGGUAUCUCCAGGAGUAGAAAAGGGCGAAUGGGUGGGCAAGCUGCCGCGAAGAGAAAUAGGUAG